GAAUAAUCAUCAGUUCGACGGUAUCCUUCCUUUGGAAAAGUUUAAAAUCCGAAUAUUUUGGCCAUAAUUCUAAGUUACAAUUGCUCUUCUAGUCAUCAUGAAAGUUUGGUUAUGUUGUUUUGGAUUGCUUGCUGCUGCAGCACCUUUGAACGCCUUUUUCCUCGAUAAACUUGGACUAGGAGGUGGAAGCAAUGUUGGUGGCUAUAGCAGUGGCGGCUAUGGAGGAUACGGAGCUGGUGGAUAUGGAGGAGGAUAUGGCGGAGGAUACAGUGGUGGAAAUGUCAAAGUAAUUAAAGUUAUUAUUCCUGGUGGAAUCAGCAGCGGAGGCGGUGGUGGAGGAUUCAGUGGUGGAUACGGUGGUGGAUACGGUAGUGGAUAUAAUGUUGGCGGAUACAGUGAUGGUGGAUAUGGUGGAGGUUAUACCACCGGAGUAACAUAUUCAGCAGCUCCCGUUAUUACCCCUGUUUAUACUCAAGUUGCUGCACCAGUUGCAACUGGAAUUGGUUAUUCAUCAGGAGGAGGUUACGGCGGCGGUGGAUACGCAGUAAGAUCUGGCUAUGGUGGAUACGGAUCUGGUUAUGGAGGCUAUGGUUCUGGUGGAUAUGGUGGUAGUUAUGGAGCAGGAUAUGGAGUCGGUUCCGGUUUUGGAGGUGGUUUGGUGUCAACUCUGUGCUAGAUUUUAACUGCAAAGUUCCAAUGAACAUUUUUACUAUUUGUUAAUAAAAU